AUGUAUAAAAAGCAUUCGACAGAAAAACUAGUUAGAAAAAAUGCUUCUCCAACUCAUGAAAAAGAGAAUAACUCUUAUGCUCGUAAAUAUAGUAGAAAACUAUUGAGUAGAUAAAGCAACAAUGAAGAAUAUGAAAAUGUCAAAGAAAAUACAUUAACAACUUAUAACUCUAAUACAAAUUCAACAAAUCAAAGUGAAAGUGUCACUCAACUCUAACAAAUUAUUUAGCAAUAGAAACGAUAAAUCCAAAAUCUGAAAAUGGGUUGUCCUCGCUGUUUAACCAAAUAAAACACAGAUCUGGAAUUGAGGAACAAAAUUUUAGUUUAGAAUAAUCAAAUUCUAUCCUUGUUGUCAAGGGAAACACAGCAAUCAGAUUCAACAGAACUAUACAAGAUAAAUUAGAUGUUGUAAUAAUAGAAUGAAGAAUUAAAAUUAAAUAAUGAAAUUUUGAUAUAAAAUCAAUAGGAAAUAUUGCAAGAGAAUUUGUUCUUGAAAAAUUUUUUUGCUGAAUCCAACAAUAUUACAAACGCAAAAGAAAAUUCAAGCUUCUCUCGUAAUCCUAAGGAAGAUUCUCAUCCAUUUUGUAGUUAAACUCAUAAGUUCAAUCUCCAUCACAUGCUAAAUAACAUCAUGAGAAACUGUUUAACUUAUUAAAAUGAGUUCUGA